AUGUCUUCAGAACUACACGAAGUAUCAUCCGAUGUUAUUAAAAUUAUAAAUAAUAUUCGAAACAAAGCACUUAAUUCAAGGUUAUUUGAGUCAUUUUGUGAAGAAAUGGGUUCACAAUAUACACACCUUCUUCUUCAUGCAGAGAUAAGAUGGCUGUCGAAAGGAAAGAUUUUAAGACGACUGUUUGCUCUGCGCGACGAAAUUAAAUUAUUUUUCCAACAGCAGAAUAAUUUAAAAUUUCAAGAACUUUUAUUCAAUGAUCAAUUGAUAUCCAAACUUGCAUAUCUGACAGAUAUUUUUUCGCUGUUAAAUGAACUAAACAUAUCCAUGCAAGGACAACUUAAGGACGUGUUCACAGUACGAGAUAAAAUAGAUGCUAUAAAAAAAAUAUUACUUCGGCAAACGCAGUUAACUGAAGAGGAUCUACAAAUGUUUCAACAUUUUGAUGAACAUAUGAAAGAAAAGGACGUUAACCAGGAGAUGGUAGCUAUUGUUCAACAGCAUAUAGAAUCACUUGCAGAAUCUUUUGGUCGUUAUUUCCCAACAAAAGAAGACCCUAGAUAUGGAAAUAUGUGAAUAAUAGAUCCAUUUUUAGCAAACAAUGAAAACAACAAGUUAAAUAUGAGCGAAAAAGAUAGCUUCAUCAAUUUAUCAUCCGACUCCAAACUCAAAACUAAAUUCCUGGAAUUAUCAAAAUAUCAUUUUUGGCUGUACGUUAAAAAUGAAUACCCAUUGAUGAGUGAAAAAGUGAAAAUUUUAAUUCAAUUUUCGACAACGUAUUUUUGAGAAAGCUAAUUAUAUAUCUUAGCUAGAAAUAAGUAAAGCCCUACUUCUUACAGUGACUUCAUUGGAGCCAAAAUUGCACGAUAUUCUUCAAAACAUGCAAAAACAAAUGUCACAUUAA